GGGGAGGAUUGCGCAUCGCACCCAAAAGUAGAGGGAUUUGUUUCCAUCCGGGAGAUUUUAGGAACGGACCAGGAGCAAAAGGGGCUGCAGGGAAGUCACACAGGCAGCUUUGGCAACCCCUGGAGGACUGAAGUGGUAGACACACAAGUGGCAACAUGACUCCUCAUCACAUCCGCACAUAUCGGGAGAGCGACCGAAAACCAGUCCUGGACUUGUUCUGCAGGGGCAUGACUGAGCAUGUCCCUGCCACCUUCCGCCACAUGCUGAUGCUGCCUGGAACCCUCCUGGUUGAGCUCGGGGUGCCCCUCUCCCUGCUCCUGUUCUCUGGCUCCUGGCUCCUGGCGAUCACAUCCAGCCUCACUCUGCUGCUCUUGUUGUGGCUCCUCGCCAGAUACAACUGGAAGCUGUAUGUGGCCACAUGUUUGCGCACAGACAUGGCUGACAUCACCAAAUCCUACCUGAGUGCGUGCGGCUCCUGCUUCUGGGUGGCCGAGUGUGGGGGGCAGGUGGUGGGCACUGUGUGUGCUCUGCCGGUGAAGAAUCCCCCACUGGGGAAGAAGCAGUUGAAGCUGUUUCACCUCUCAGUGGCUAAGGAGCACCGAGGAGAGGGGAUAGCGAAAAACCUGGUCAGGACUGUCCUCCAGUUUGCCCGGGACCAGGGCUAUGUUGAAGUCGUGCUUGAGACAAAUAUAAUACAGCACAGUGCCCUGGCCCUAUACCAGGGCAUGGGCUUCCGGAAGAUGGGCCAUUAUUUUAUGAAUAUAAUCUGGAGGCUGGCAGGUGUUCCUAUAUUUCAUUUAAUGUAUCAACUCCCUUCUGUUUAG